CGCAGUCUUUUCCUCGGGUUUCCCGGUAAAGCUCGCGGCGGGCGUGUACCGAUAAAAAGCUCCGUUAUGUACAUAGCGCAACAACGCGACGACGACAACGACGACUACGGAGGCGGCGGCGGCGGUUUAUCCGCGAAGGUGACGAGCUGGUGGGGCAGGAUCGAUAAAAGUCGCGCGCGACGCGCCUCGAGGUCAAACGUAGACAGAAGCUCGUGAGAGAAGAGUCGAUCAGCUAGAGCUACUCCGCGACAUCUUACUAGCGUUUACGUCAGUUUGCGUCACAGCGAAAUCAAGUGAAACCGUCUUGGAAACAGAGAGAGAGGCAGAGGAGAAGAGAAAAGCGAAACCUCUCUCGGUGCUUCUUCGUGCUUCGGUGGAUUAUCUAGAAGAGCGUCCACGAAAAGUGCGGAAAAUUCGUCCCUCAGGCGUUACCGAGACCACGAAAAUUCCGACGUUCAGUGAAGUGUGCAAGAGAGGCUCAUUAAAGAUUAAACCGCCGAACGAGCGACCGGAGAUACUGACCGAUAUGACUUGCUGCCAGGAACCGCAGUCCUACCACGCGCAGGCCGCUAUGAACGACAGCGGAAAAUCAACAUCGUGGUGCGAGCAGAAGGGCCUCGGCUGCAGCCAGGGCAGCACCAUCACAUGCGGCAUGCUGCCGACCUUGCGAAUGUUGGCCUCCCGGGGAUGCAACAGCCAAGACAGCGUCUGUCUCGUGCCGUUCGACGUCGAGAUGGACUCGGCCAGUCACCUGCACAUGAUACUGCUCGAGGCAUAUUGCCGUGAGAUCGGUAUCAAAGUGCUGAGGGUCUCCCGGGAGCGGAUGCGGGCCCACUUAUGCCCAGGUAGCGCGGACCUGUCGUGCGUCCUGAUUACCAACGAUGAUCCAUUUUUCCUGGAGUCGCCGGAGUGAAACUCGUAGAUCUGUCCUUGAAGAAAGUUGAAACUACGCGAGACUACCGCCGUCUGGCGCGGUCCUUUACGCAUCGGCCAAGGCAUUUUGCUGGGGAGGAGGACGGCCGAGGAGAUCCUCCACAAACCAAGGACGAAGGGGAGUUUUGUCAGUCCGGCAGACGCGACGUAUAUUUAUGUGUAUAUGUGCCCCCCCCCCCCCGCGUCUUAUCAGCGAGGAUGCCGAUUACCGGACAUUUUUGUCUCAAAAUCGCGAGAUACGGCGGCGCCUGAGCCACGGUCUGGCGCGAUUUAUCGUUAAGACGGGGACGUACCACCACUCGAGUGACUUUCCUCGCGGAAGCACCCGGUGGCGGCUGGAUAAGAAAGUGUUGAUUAAUGUAUGUAUGUGGCGCGUGUACAGCUCGCGAUUGUUUGCGAUUUGUCUUGAAGCGCGGGCUAAGUCCGCGCCCGGCUCUGUGUACUCUUUGUAAAACUCGACGGCGCUGAGAACGCGCGUCUCGAGCAGAGAUAAUGUAUACACUUAUGUAACAACACAUGAUAAUAAGAUUAUACAUGAAAUUCGAACAGAA